AUGGUCGACCGCGAGCAGCUGGUGCAGAAAGCCAGGCUGGCCGAGCAGGCUGAGAGGUAUGACGACAUGGCGGCCGCCAUGAAAUCGGUGACGGAGCUGAACGAGGCUCUGUCCAACGAAGAGCGCAACCUGUUAUCGGUGGCCUACAAAAAUGUGGUGGGUGCCCGUCGCUCGUCCUGGCGCGUCAUCUCCAGCAUCGAGCAAAAGACGUCGGCCGACGGCAACGAAAAAAAGAUCGAGAUGGUGCGCGCCUACCGGGAAAAAAUCGAGAAGGAGCUGGAGGCCGUGUGCCAGGAUGUACUCAACCUUCUGGACAACUUCCUGAUCAAGAAUUGCGGCGACACGCAGCACGAGAGCAAAGUGUUCUACCUGAAGAUGAAGGGCGACUACUACCGCUACCUGGCCGAGGUGGCCACUGGAGAGAAGCGCGCCGCCGUGGUGGAGUCGUCGGAAAAGGCCUACAACGAAGCGCAUGAGAUCAGCAAGGAGCACAUGCAGCCCACCCAUCCCAUUCGGCUGGGCCUCGCUCUCAACUAUUCGGUCUUCUACUACGAGAUCCAGAACGCGCCGGAGCAGGCGUGUCAUCUGGCCAAGACGGCCUUCGACGACGCCAUCGCCGAGCUAGACACCCUCAACGAGGACUCGUACAAAGACUCCACGCUCAUCAUGCAGCUGCUGCGCGACAACUUGACUCUGUGGACGAGCGACCAGCAGGACGACGAGGGCGGGGAGGGCAACAACUAA